AUGGAUACUCAACCUGUGGUUGAGAAGGAUGACUUUUUAAAGACCCUGGCUCGAUUCUCCUCUCUCCUUAUGGGUUCUAAAGGCAAGGCAAAGACAUCUGUCUAUUUUUCCCCUGAUCCUGCUGAUACCAGAGGUGGAGUUUUGCACCCUCAACUUUUCAAUGUUACAGAAGUUGAGGCACUUGAGUGGUUGGUCGAGUCUCAAGAACCCUUGGUUUUCCUUUUUUUGCCAGGGAGUAAAUAUCUUCUGGGAACUACAUUUCAAGAGAAAUUUAAUGGAACGUUAUUGGAUAAAAUGACUGUGAAAAUCCAAGAGGUUUUAGAAGAUCUUGAAGAGGUUUUGUCUGAUGGAGAACAAGUCCAGAUUCUUCAACACCUACUGAGUUUCUGCCAUGGCUUCUUUAAUGUUAGCUAUUUGCCCAGGACAGACAAAUUACUACAGUUGGGAGAACACAAACAUAGAAAACUUCAUUCUUUGAUGCUACUCAAAGUCUUGCAAGCAAUUCGUACAUAUUGGCAAGACCACAAGAAACUAUCACGGCAGCACCGGGGUGCUGGUGCUAAAUCUUACUGCCGCCUUCAGGAUCUUAUCAUCAGCCUUAAACCGUAUGCAGAAUAUAAGCAUGUUCACCUCCCUGAUGAAAUCAACAUCAACAACUGUGUGGGGCCGUGCCGCUUCCCACAAACAACACAGAGUGACUACCAGGCCCAUGUUGUGUUGUUAAUCCAACUGCAGGAGAGAAAGCAACCAGAACUUGAUAGACCUCCAUGUUGCGUUCCUGUAAAAUACCAAGGGCAAUGGCUUAUGGUGGCAGACGAGAAUGGUUUGACCCUUCGGCUAUACCCCAACAUGGUUGCCAAAGAAUGUGGCUGCCGGUAA